AUGAUUAGCGAUCGCAGUCUCAGCCUAGAUGAAGAAGCUGCAAUGUAUCAUGCAGCAAUGUUCAAUUUAUCGACAGUUGAGACGGAAGUAAAAAGAUUACCCCCAAAUCCACAAAAAAUUUCAAGAAAACAAUCGACAAAUAAGGUUUCUAAUGUAAUCUGCUUCAGAUGCGGUCAAAUGGGCCAUAUUUCUGCUCAAUGCCAUGAAGAAUUGCCAACAUUACAAUCGAUUGAAGCCGAAGUUAUGAAUGAUGUUGAUGAAGUCAUUGAACAAUUAAUGAAAGAACCAGGAUAUUACAAUGAUGAAGCUGGGCCAUAUAAAGUUACUGCUCUUUCUCCUGUUAAACACGAUAAAUCUUGGAGUAAUGGUGUAUUUUGCCUUAAUUGCGGCGAGUUUGGUCAUCAACACAAUCACUGUCAGAGGUCUAAUUACGCAACUCUAGCAAAUGAACUAGGAAAAUAUUACACGAAUAAUUUUACUCAUCCAAACAAACCAGUAGCUGAUAUUGAAGAGUUAUUUGAAGAUUUAUACUAA